AUGUACACGCCUUGUGAUUGUGUGACCCAGCGCACACUUUACAACGUUGUGGACCACGACAGAAUUUUGAAAUGUGCCCAUAUCUUUGACAGUGAAAGCAUUGGAUGGAUGGACCAAAGUAUUCCUCUACAGGGGUUCGGCAUGACCACUCCGACCACGUGGGCCGGCCGCGCUCUGCUAGUGCUGUACGGGUUCUUCGGCUGCUCUGGAGCCAUCCUGUUCUUCAACCUGUUCCUGGAGCGCAUCAUUACGCUGCUAGCGUGCCUGCUCAAAGCGAUCCACGAGCGGGACCUGAGAAGACGGGGUCUGCUCGACCGGAGGGACUCGCAGCUGUCGUUCGACGACCGCCUGGACGACUGGAAGCCCUCGGUGUACUGGGUGAUGCUGUGCCUGUUCCUGGCCACCGCCGUGCUGUCCGCCUCGGCGUCGGCCCUGUACGCGAGGGCCGAGCAGUGGUCCUACCCGGAGGCGCUCUACUUCUGCUUCAUCGCCUUCUCGACCAUCGGCUUCGGGGAUCUGGUGCCCAACCAGAAGGCUGCCUACCCGAACCUCGUCUCGGUAGGCGGAAACGCCACGGACUCCGAGGACCGGGACCUCGACGCUGACGACACGGCACUUCUCUACUUCCAGGUGCUGACCUGGUACCGAGCGGCCAACUUUGUCAUCAUGUCGGUGGGCUGCUGCUGCAUCUACAGCCUCUUCAACGUCACCUCGAUCGUCAUCAAGCAGUUACUCAACUGGCUCAUUCGUAGGCUCGACUGCACCUGCAAGCGGAGAAAAGCCAAGGGGCAGAAGCCUACCAGGUCGCGGCGAAACGCACUCACGCCCGCCCAACUCCGAGCCCAAGCCAGGGCCGCCGCCAGAUCCUCGAAGAAAUCGGCACACAAGGACGACACGGUGUCGGACUCUGACUCGGACGCCGACUCCAUGUUCGACUCCGAUGGAGAGCGUGGUCACACAGGAGAACUCAUCUGCAUGUCGGACCUGCUUCGGGCCAACAAGGUGUCCCUGGCAGUCAUGCAGAAACAACUCUACGAGACCGCCCAGCGGGGCACGCCGGUGUUGUUGCCACAGAGGGCUCUGCAGGAGAACGACUCGUUCAAGCCCGGUGCCGUUGGCCCGUUGGCCAUUGUGUCCGAGAAGUUUGGUGGCGGCCGUCACGCGUGA